AGCACAAACAAUAUUGGUUACCAUGGCUAAGUUUAAGUAACAACAAUAGUUGUUUAACGUGAACGCCCAGUGGGAAUCCUAAUGUUAAGGUUUCGAAGAAAAUUGUAAUAUAAGAUGUCCAUUUUUAAAUUAAAGCAAUGGUGGUCGAACCGUAAUUUUCAAAAUGAUGAAUUUGAGGAGGGGAUACAGAAUAGCACUUGUAUUAAGGUCGAGAAGUUUAAUUCACACAGUGAUAGUGAUUGUAUAAUAGUAGUUCAGGGAGAAAUAUUAAAAAUAUACAAACCGAAUGGUCUGAAUAAUAAUACUCCUAUACUUUUAGAAUUUCAAUUUAAUGAUAUAGUUUUACAAAUAGAAACUGGAAAGUUUUUAAUGGAUAACGCGGAUCAACAAAUAAUAGUAUUACAUCCAAACAGCUACGAGGUGUAUGUUUUAGAAAGAAAGACCGGCCAUAUUGAUAUAGGAGAACAAAAUUCACUGAUUUCCGUCAUAAAACAUUCAUUUACAAGGCGAGCCUAUAGCGUCAUUUGUGGUCCUUUUGGUAGUUCAAAAAGCAAACAUCUUAUUUGUAUACAAGCCUUGGAUGGCACGUUAAGCUUCUUUGAUCAAGAUACAUUUUUAUUUAUGUGCAUGUUUAACGACAUUAUCAUACCUGGGCCAAUAUGCUACGUAGCGAACAGCGAUCAAUUUGUUAUUUGCAAGUCAACUUGGGUCUUUGAGAUAUACAGUUAUCAACAGCUCAGCGAGUUUAGUGAGUUGAGCUUUAACCAAAACAAUAAACAUAUUCCUCAAUGGGCUUAUAAUGCGGGCGAAGAAAUUCUAUCUGUCCAGGUUAUUCGUAGUAGUAGUAAUUUUUCUAGUAUCUUGGUGCUGGGUGAGCGGCAUCUUUACUGUUUCCAAGACAAUGGCCUUAUGAAAUACAUGAUCAGAUUUGAUUAUAUGCCCGUGUGUUUCUUCGCGUAUUUAAUUGGGUGGUAUUAUGAGCCGAGUUCGCGACUACUAGUUAUGGUGACAUCAGAGAAUUCAAAACUGAAUAUAUACGAAGACACAAAAUUAUUAUGGUCUUGUGAUUUGAAUCAUAAAGCUAUAUCGAUUUCGCGUUGUUUCUUAAACGCUUUGUCGGGAGGUAUAGUUACAUUGUCAGAGGACGGGACUGUUAUUGUCAGUUACUUGGGUACGGAACCCGAUUUAAAUUCAAACGCGAGCCCAAUUACCGAAACAAUGGAUCCUGGAGAGGUUCAGUUGCAAAUAGAUGAAGUCGAAAAGUCACUACAAAAGGUUUUGGACGCGAAAGAGGAAAUCGAAGAAACCUACGCCGAUUUCGAACGUGUAGUAACCAGUAAAAUUUCCAUCGGCCAACCAAUUAAAACUUCAACUGACUACACUAUGGAACCAAUCAGCGCUUGCCCGGUAUUUGUAACAAUUACAGCAAAAGAGCCUAAAUUAAUUCAAAGCAUACAAGUCACGUAUGACUGUACCGCACCUAUUGUCAGUUCUGAAACCACAGUCUGCUUAGAGAAUAUAAAUGGAACCGAAAUUAUUGAGACAUUUAUUAAUUUAUCGGGUUCGUUAAACGUUACCAGAACAAGUAUAAUGAUCAUCCUAACGGUCAUUGACGCAACUGGUAAAAUAAGAACAAUAGAAAAAACAGCGUUUGUACCACUAACAUUAUUUUGUUCAUUUGUGGAACCAGUAACAGACCAUGACUUUAGUUUACCGAUAAAGAUAAACCGAUCUCAAAUAACUUUCAAAGAUAUAUUUAAUGAUUUCGCUGAACAACAACUAAGCAAUGAUCUUUUAUCCGAAAACAUUAUUUCUUUCAUAUAUAACAAUUCAGAUAAAACUGUCACUUUGAAAAUUUCCGAUGGCGUGUGUUCAAUAGAAGCAAACACGUUUUCGGAAAUAGUACCAAUAGUUGAAUAUUUCAUACAAAAUCUAAAUAACCGCAUGGAAUCAGAAGUUAUGGAUUUUCAAAUAAUCUGUGACUUCGACGGAGAAAUAAUAAGACAGAUAAUGCAAACCUUUUUGAAGUCGAUUGAAGGUCACGUGAAAGAACGAAUAAUUUUAAAAAGUCUAGAGGAAGAACUCAAUGUACUUCAAAGACAGUUCACCGUGAUACAGAAACGACUUUUGGUUCAAUAUGGCUCCCACCCGCCUGGUAACUGUGACCAUUUAGAAUUUCUCAUGAAGGACACCCACGAACGCAUUAAAACCGUUUCAAACAAUAUAUUAGAGAGCAAAGAAUACGUAUUGAGAGCCAGCGGCAGUGUAAGAGGUGCGGGUUAUCUUUUAAUGAAUGUACUUAAAGAUGCCAUCCCUGACAAUACGAAAGUAAAACUUGUUGAGAACAUGCUGUCGUUAAACACAUUGAAUAAUGAUUUUCAGGAAUGGGAGGAAGCCGUUUUUCAGGGAUCGUCAUACAUAUUAAACAAAAUAUUACAAAAAUCCGAUAAAGACAAAGAAAAACUCGCACCUCUCACAGACCAAGAUAUUCUCUCCAAGAGCAAUGUCAAAAAAUUACUUAAACAGCUGCGUUUGAUAUUGGAAAAAGUUUUUAGCGAAAUAAAGGACAUAACAGACCUCGGGAGCGACACCACACGCAUACAGGAAUUUGUAGAAGUUAUAUAAUAGAGAAAAUUUUAAACGACAAUAAGCUUAAUUUUAUAAUAUAGUAUUAUUAAAAUAUAUGUAACUAUAUCGUAUUAAAAAGCUUCUGCACACUUCUAGUGAACGAGAACAAUUUCUAUAUUUAGGUUUAAAUUUAGAAUUAAAAGCAGAACGUUACAUUUGAAAUUCGAAA